AUGGCGACUGACGCGAAGGGGCGGGAGCGGGUGGCCAGUGUGGCGGCUGCCGGGGGCUUUCGUGGAGGAGGAGGGGGUGCUGGAGCCGCCGCCGAGGAGGAGAUCAGCCCCGAGGACGACCAGAGAGCCAACCGCACGUUGUUCCUGGGCAACCUGGACAUCACCGUGAGCGAGUCAGACCUGCGCCGAGCUUUUGACCGUUUUGGGGUCAUCACGGAGGUGGACAUCAAAAGGCCGGGGCGCGGGCAGACCAGCACGUAUGGUUUUCUUAAAUUUGAAAAUCUGGACAUGGCGCACCGGGCCAAGUUGGCCAUGUCAGGAAAGGUGCUUCUGCGCAAUCCCAUCAAGAUUGGGUAUGGGAAAGCCACUCCGACCACCAGGCUCUGGGUUGGUGGCCUUGGGCCCUGGGUGCCCCUCGCUGCCCUGGCCCGGGAGUUUGAUCGGUUUGGCACCAUUCGCACUAUCGAUUACCGCAAAGGUGAUUCGUGGGCUUAUAUCCAGUAUGAGAGCUUGGACGCGGCGCAGGCAGCGUGCACCCACAUGCGUGGUUUUCCUUUGGGUGGGCCGGAUCGCCGCCUGCGCGUCGACUUUGCUGACACUGAGCAUCGGUACCAGCAGCCCUACCUGCAGCCUCUGCCGCUGCCCCCCCCUGCUCAUUACGAAGAAUUGGACAAUAGUAGUAGAGAUCAGCCUAGGAAGGGGAGGCUGGCGGAGGACGGAGGCCGGCACUUGGACCGCUCUCCGGACAGUGAACGCUCCUCUUCCUCGCGGAAGCGUCACUGUUUAGCCACGACCUCUCCGCCAGACCGCAGCCCCGAGCUCCUUGGAGGGAGGGAGCGUUACAGUAGUGACCCCGAGCGCUCGUCCUCCCGCUUGCUCCUGUUGGAGCGGCCCUCGCCCGUCCGGGAAUCGCGCAGGGGCAGCCUGGAGCGGGGGCAGAACGAAAAGCGCGACCGCAAGAAUGCUGGGGGAGCCCCCAAGCUGUGCUUGGCUUGGCAGGGGAUGCUUCUGCUGAAGAACAGCAACUUCCCAUCCAACAUGCAUCUGCUCCAGGGGGACCUCGGUGUUGCCAGCAGUCUCCUCGUGGAGGGAGCGACUGGUGGGAAGGUAGCUCAGCUCAAGAUCACCCAACGUCUUCGUCUGGACCAGCCUAAGCUGGACGAGGUCAAUCGUCGCAUCAAAGUGGCAGGUCCCAAAGGCUACGCCAUCCUUUUGGCUGUGCCUGGCGCAUCCGACAACCGCUCCGCAGCCGGAGCUGCCGAGGCCGCCCACACCUCCACCCAGAGGCCCCUCAGGAAUCUUGUGUCCUAUCUAAAGCAAAAGCAGGCUGCUGGGGUGAUCAGCCUCCCUGUGGGGGGUAACAAAGACAAGGAGAACAGCGGGGUCCUGCACGCCUUUCCGCCCUGCGAUUUCUCCCAGCAGUUCCUGGACUCCACGGCCAAGGCGCUGGCCAAAUCAGAGGACGACUAUCUGGUCAUGAUCAUCGUCCGUGGGGCGUCCUAAGGCCCUCCUGUUCUCUGUACCCGACCCUGCCUACUCCUCCACACAGCCCCUCCAGCGUGUGCCAGGUGCUAUGGGAUACAGCCUUAGCCAGCCCUGUCAUUAUUUUAAAUUAGAUCUUUGUUUGUAGGUGACUUUCCCUGCCCGUUUUUCUGUUACUACGUUUUUCUAUAAAGUUAGAAGCCAGAAAGGUUGGUUAGCCGUUAGCGUGAAUAGGGUAUUUUGAGAAGCCCCUCGCAGUGGGGAUAGCCG